AUGGAUCUCAGUGCACCUUCUGGUUAUGAGUCUUACUCUAACCGGCUCGACCCUCACGAUGAAUUCGACAAUGGAUAUGUUGAAAAGAGUCCUCGUCCGGUCUCUGAUACACAGCAGCUACUGAAGCAGCGCCGUGCGCCGCAGACCAAGGGCGCGAGUAUCUUUGAUACCACCAGGCUGGCCCUGCGUGUUCUCAUUCUUCUACUUGAUCUCAGCAUUCUGAGUCUUCUGAUCCAUGGAGUCAGUGUCUGGAAGACGACGCAUAACUCUGUGGAUAGGAAUGAGGAUGGCUGGGUCAGAACGCGUUGGGCGUCGAUCAAGAUGCUCUCGACGUGGUUGAUGCUUGCAAUCGCGGCGUUUGCAUCCUUUGUUCAAAUUAUAGCUUUAGCGACCCGUCUCAGAUUUUUCCGCUCUAUGCGCGACGGCUUGAUACAUACCAGCGCUGUCCUUGUCAGCUCUGGUGUUGUCAUUGCAGGCUGGAUUGCCGCAACGGUUUACUUCAUCGUCGAUAAGGAAGUCCUUCGAAAUAACCACUGGGACCUUUGGUCUUGGUCAUGCCGAAAUAGCUCACGACAGAGCUACAUUCCUUGGGCAGGCCUGUGCACAGAACUGUCCUAUACCUUUAUUGCAGGUCUCGUUGCUAUUGUGUUAGAGAUUGUCAGCCUGGUUCUGUUCAUUAUUGCAUUAAGAGGGAUUAACAUCAUGGGCAAGUAUAACAGAGCUAGUUUGGGUUAG